GGAUCAUACGCCGCUACGUGUGGGUGUAGAGUGGUCCCGACAGCGGCGUCCUCGGCCAGGGUGUAGGUGUAGACACCAGUCCCAGAUUUGUACAACUGGGCUAGUCCUGGUCACCAAUGUAAGAAAAUGACCCUAACUCGAAAGAGUGGGAAGCGUAAUGGUAGCGGGACACCAGUGCUGUGUAACGAAGAACAGAUAGCGGUCUUCCGCCAUGGAACCGAUGUGUACGCCGUUAAAGACAAGUGUCCUCACGCGGGAGGCCCGCUUCACCUCGGCGAUAUCGAGGAUUCUCCGUCAGGACUAUGUGUCCGGUGUCCGUGGCACCGCUGGAGAUUUCGCAUUGACACCGGCGACACGGUGUUUCCUCAAGGUCACGGGACACAGGCCGUCGUCUACCCAGUCAGAGUUGCUGCCGACGAGUCGCUGUGGAUAGGCUUUGACAAGUUUUCAGACUCGUAUUUUAAUCUGGAGACACAUUUCUGACAAGACCACCAUCUGAAAAUACUAGAAGACCACGUGAACGUACCAGAUGUAUGUCGGCUAGUCUGCAUUUGCUUUGUACAAGUUUUCGAAAACCUAUAUAUGUCAAUUUAGAAAAAGAUUUGUGAAUGGUAAAGUGCUUGCCUGAUGCGCUGUCGGCUUAGGAACGACUACGUCUGGAGCCCAUUGAACAAUUUCUCAUUCCAAACAGUACACCACGACUGGUGUAUCAAAGGCCGUGGUAUGUGCUAUCCUGACUCUGGGAUGGUGCAUUUUAAAUAUCCC